AUGUUUUCUAUAAAGCCUUCUUUGGAAGAAGAAACUUUCAUGCCACAAAGAUUGUGCAUCAAAUGUGCGAAUUUACUAAAAGAUAUUUACGUUUUCAUCUUAAAGGCGGAAAAAUUGCACGGAAUAUAUUUGAAUCAAGCAAGGAGUUUAAAAAUUAUUAUAAAAAAUGAAGACUGCUUGGAAGAACUACCAAUUGAUGUGGCAUUAGUGCCGGAAACUGGUGCAGAUUUCAAAACAGAACCGCCGGAGAUUAUUGUGGGCAUAGGGACAGAACCGCAGUUAUCUAAAUGUCUUUCAAGCUUCGAUGGUCUAACAGAAGAAACAAAGCAAGAACAGCUAACGGAAAAUGUGAAAAAGGAAAUUAAGAGUUCGAACGGCUUAGAAGAACAAACUCAAGGUGACCUUUAUAAACACGUGGCUUUACGUUGCGAAUUGUGUGAUAAAAUCUACAAGAAUUCUAAGACUCUAGCUGCUCAUAAGUUCCUUAGUCACAUUAAUGAUGAGGAAAAGUUAUGUUGUGCUUUAUGUGGCUUUAAAACUAGUCGAAUAGCCUGUUUAAAGAUUCACAUGACCACUGUACAUGGACCCAAAUAUCCUGAAAGAUCUUUUAAACCAAAAAAUGAACGCAUAAGAAAUUUCGGAUGCCAUUUAUGUUCAAAGAAAUAUUGCCGUAAAGAAGAUCUACAGAAACAUGUGAAGAAAAAACAUUUCGUUGAUUUGAAAACGCAAAAACAGGAGCUUCAGACCGGAGUUGGAAAAUCAAAAGACUUUUAUUUAUGUAAUUUUUGUGGUCAAUCGUAUACAACACACAACAACUUACAAAUGCACUCUCGUAAAUACACCGGUGAAAGACCUUACAAAUGUCAUUUAGGUGAGAAGGCGUUCAUUAGACAACAAGAUAUGCAUCGGGUAUUGCAUCGGGUCAUACAUAGCGAUGAAAAACCUCAUCAAUGUUUUGAAUGCGGCAAAUCUUUUAAAAGACCCGACAAACUUCGCGACCAUAUACGAGUACAUUCAGAACUUCGUCCCUAUAAAUGCAUAGAAUGUAAUAAAAGUUUCAAACAUGCGUUCGUGCUACGAACACAUAUGCAUAUACAUACUGGUCAAAAGCCAUUCUCUUGCAAAACCUGCGAAGAAAGUUUCUCACUAAAGACAUCUCUAAAUGCUCACUGUUUAAAAAACGACCACAAAAAAUAAAACUUGUGCACAUCCAACAUGCGAAAAUCUACGGUAAACAAUGUCUAUGUAACGCAGAUUCCGCUGACUCCAUAUUAUAGAGCAUGAGAAUUUUCGUCUUCUAUUUUUUUUAUUCUUUUUUAGGAUUAUGCUGAUGGGUAUGAAAGAUUCGGUCAGGACCGAAUAUAAUUUUCUUGUUCUCUGAUAUAUAACAGAGAAAUGUGAAGAAGAAGAAAAAAAAAAUUGGAUAAGAUUAAAUUGAAAAUAUAAAUAUUUUGGAGCAUUUUUGAAUAUGGCGAAUGAAGAAGAUCGACCACCUGAAGCUACACUGUAUUUUUCCAGCAGUCACAAAUUCUGGACUCAAAGCCGAAACUUACGACGUCGUUAAUGAUUCUGUGAUUUGUAUUAUAUUUAAGGACAAUUUCUACCUAAUUAGAUUUACAAAAGAGUGGUAUUAGUAACUAUUUUAAAAUGGUAAUCAAUGAUUAAAAUAUCUGCUUUUAUCUGUUUUAUCAGCAUCAUUGAACAACAAUUGAAGC